AAACCACGGUCUCAGUUGAACUUUUGGAGAAUUUGACCACAGAUACAUGGAUUUAUCUGGUCCGUUUUAUGAAAUCUCUCUGUGCCGUGAUCUUUAGAGGUGUUGCUCCUUCAUGGCAACAUCACGCGCUUGUUUGCUGCAGCGAUCAACUUUAAAAGCCGCUAUGAGGCUAAUUAGCAUCGACGCUAGCUGACGUUAGCCGAGCAGCUGGCUGCAGUUUGUCAGUAAGUUUCUGAUCAUGUUCGGACUUUUAACGCCACAAACUCGUUAUGUUAAAGUCUUUAUCAACGCGUUUAGACAAACAAACAGGUGUGUUUCAGUCAGUCGUCCGUCUGAUGAGUAUAUCCGCAGAUUUAUUUCAGAGAACACGGAGAUAACCGGGGAGCAGAGUCUGACCCCGGAGCUCCGGCUCAGACUGUUCACCCCAAACUGCAGAUUUUGGAGAGAAAGACCAGAGCUCUGGCCCUUUGAUGACCCAUACUGGGCCAUUUACUGGCCAGGAGGGCAGGCACUCUCAAGGUUUCUCCUGGAUCACCCUGCAGUGUGCCGGGGUGAGACAGUCCUGGAUCUGGGGAGCGGCUGCGGAGCCUCAGCCAUCGCUGCAAAACUGUGUGGUGCCGCUCAUGUUGUUGCUAACGACAUUGACGCUGUUGCAGCUGUUGCAACCCGCAUGAACUGUGAGGUGAACGGUUUGGAUCCACCUGUUUGUCUGACUGACAACCUGAUUGGCUCACAACUGGAGGGCUUUGACCUCAUCCUCCUGGGUGACAUGUUCUACGACGAGGCCCUCGCCACCAGCCUUCACAGCUGGCUGGACCGCUGCAUUAAAAUGCACGGCACCAAAGUCCUGAUCGGAGAUCCAGGGAGAGCCCAGUUUGAGGAUCACAGCAUCCGACGAGUCCUGCAUCAGCUGGCCCAGUUUGAGCUGCCCGAGUCUGUCAGAGAGGAGAACUAUGGUCUGACCUGCAGCAGAGUUUGGUGCUACCGUCCCAAACUCUGAGGACCACAGAGGAUCCUCUGUGCUCUCCUUUGAUUGUAUUUAAUAUGUCACGCGUGCUCACCUGCUAAGGACUGCAUUAGGUGUUUAGUAAUUGCUUUAAAUGUAUUUUCUAGACCAAAAACUGCCUUACCAAAAAAUGCCUCCCGAUAAGGUUUUAGGAUACACGUAACAGUAUGUCAGAGCAAAUUCUGUAUAUGUGGAAUUUCCUGUGAUGUUG